AUGCAGUCGGCUCUUACAGCCUCCGUUCUUCUGAUUGCUGCCAACUUGCCAGCAGUGAGCGCACAACAGGCCAUAGAGAAGGGCUGCUAUAGUGAUUCGAAGCCAUUAUCAGACCAAGGUUCUUACAUUUACCAAAGUAAUGGAUAUUGCCAGAAGCUCUGCUUGAAAGAUAGUCAUACUGUUUUCGCUAUGACGAAGGGACAAAAUUGUCUUUGCGGCGACCAGUUACCGGCAGAGUCGGCUAAGACGAGUGACAGCGACUGCAAUGUUAAGUGUGUAGGGUGGCCCCAGGUUAUGUGUGGUGGUAACAGCGCGUUUUCCGUGUAUCUCACCGGUAUCACGGAUGAUGUGGAUAGUUACUCCUCAUCCUCGUCCUCAAGCUCCUCUUCCAGUAGUGAGAGUGGAACGUCGACAACCACUAAUGAUGGCGGCCACGCUGUUACUACCUCUGGCGGACAAACGGUAUUCAAGACGGCAGAUAGUGAGAUGACAACGCAAGGCGCCGAUGAGAAGAAGAAGGGCUCCGGAUCGAAUACUGCUGCCAUUGCUGCUGGCGUCGUCGUCGGAAUCGUUGGCCUCUGUGCCUUGAUAGGAGCAAUCUUCUUCCUCUGGCGGUUUAGGAACCGCUCGAACAUGCCCGAUCAAUAUCGACACAACGAUAUCGAUAACUUUGGUGCCAAGCCCAUGUCCCAGAGCUCUCAGUCUGAUUCGAGAUUCGACGGGGACUUCAUGGCACAACGACGCCAAAGCAACGGCAGUAUUGAUGACGACCAAGACUUUUCGCGUCGGAUACUGCAGGUGACCAAUCCCGAUCGCCGCUAA